GUCAAAAUCUCAAAUGUCGAUAUAGUCCGCGCCCUAAAUUGAUGCAUUUCCCCCUUUUUGGCGCGCCCUAAAUUCAUAAUAUCCUCGAUUUCAAUUCACUCGAUCGAAUUUCAAACUUCACUCUGUUCGAUUUCUGGAACAACCCGGCGAUCGGGAUUUUCAUCGUCGAGAAAAAGUGAAUCAGACGAAGCGAAAUGGAGAAAGAUGAGAAGUCAAUUUCCGUGAACGAUUCUGCUCGGCCAUGGCAAUCAUACAACGUUGUUUACACAACUGCCAAAGCAGGAAUGGAAGGGGUGGACAAGGAGAAGGUCCAGAGGAUAGUGUAUGAGAUGAGUAAAGGAUCCAAGUAUUUCGAAAAUGAGGAAAAGAAAGAAGCUUACAUGAAGCUGAAAAUCGACACUAUGCGGGUGCAGCUUGCUAAGCUUUCAGCCACGGAUCUAUCACAUCAUCAGAAGAUUGCCGAUAAAAGGAUUGUGGAACUAGAAGCCACACGUGACCUGUCAAGGUUUUGGCUCCAUGUGGAUAUGGAUGCUUUCUAUGCUGCUGUUGAAACACUUUGCAAUCCUUCCCUAAAAGGCAAGCCAAUGGCUGUUGGUAGCAUGUCUAUGAUAUCAACAGCUAAUUACGAGGCACGAAAAUUCGGGGUGAGAGCUGCAAUGCCUGGAUUCAUUGCACGUAAAUUGUGUCCUGAACUCAUUUUUGUUCCAGUGGACUUUAAGAAGUACACCUAUUAUAGUGGUUUAACAAGAAAAGUUUUCCAGAAAUACGAUCCCAACUUCUUGGCUGCAAGUUUGGAUGAGGCAUACCUAGACAUAACUAACUAUUGCAAUGACAAGGGAAUGACAGCUGGACAAGUGGCCGAAGAGCUCAGAGAAGGUGUGUCCAAGGAGACUGGCGGACUCACAUGUAGUGCUGGGGUAGCGCCAAAUCGCUUACUUGCAAAGGUUUGUUCAGACAUUAAUAAGCCAAAUGGCCAGUUUGUGCUGCCAAACAAGCGUAUGGCGGUCAUGACAUUUAUAUCUUCACUUCCCAUAAGGAAGAUUGGGGGCAUUGGUAGGGUCACUGAAAAUAUUUUGAAGGGAGUUCUUGGAAUUACUACAUGUGAAGGAAUGCUCCAGAAAAGUAGCUUCAUAUGUGCACUCUUUUCUCCAACAUCUGCAGAUUUUUUCUUAUCUGUUGGCUUGGGUAUUGGAAGGACUGAUACACCUCAAGUGACCCAGAGAAAAAGCAUGAGCAAUGAGAGAACAUUUUCACCAACUGAUGACGAGGCAUCACUUAAUAAAAAAUUAGUGGAUCUUUCAGAAAAUCUUUCCUCGGACUUGGAGAAACAUGGCCUUCGUGGAAGAACUUUGACAUUGAAGUUGAAGACAUCGUCUUUUGAGGUACGAACCCGGGCUGUGACUCUACCAAAUUAUAUUUGCUCAAGUGAGGAUAUUAUGAGACAUGCCAUGAAGCUUCUUAAGGCUGAACUUCCAGUUUCUCUUAGACUGAUGGGACUCAGAAUGUCACACUUAAGUGAAGGCAGCGAAAGCGCUUCACUUGACCCUAAACAAAAGACACUUCACAACUUCAUAGUUACAGAAAAUGCCUCAGUAAGAGGGCACGAAGACGAAGAACCACUUUCAGAGUCCAACAUUAGCAACGAUGCUUUAGCCAUUCCCAGAGAGACCAGCUUUAUUAAUGACACACUUGAACCAUGCGAAUCAAUUGAUUUUAUCGAGACUCAUCAAUUGCCAGAUCUCGAUCACUCUCACACGUGGCAUUCUCACAAUGAAGCUGAAAGUAGAGGACAUCUUCAUCUCCCGGUUGAUAAUUUGACAGAAAACGUGGAAGUAAAUGCUGAUGAAAAUCAGAUAGAACCCGUUUUUUGGUUGCACGAUUAUCAGUGCUCGGUUUGUGGGAUUGAAAUGCCGCCUAGUUUUGUUGAGGAAAGGCAAGAGCAUUUUGAUUUCCAUCUUGCUGAGAGGCUACAGGUUGAGGAGUCGAGCAACACUAGCAGCUCGGUUCUCAAGCCCAAGCAAAGGUUUGUCGAAAAUGAUCGAAUGACAACUGGCCGGCAGAGGAAGAAGCAUAAAGCGUCCCCCUUGAAGGGUAACAAUUCUAAAAUCGAUAUGUUUUUUGCCAAGAGCAGUCAAAAUUUUUGAUAUUUUGGUGCAAUUACCUGUUUGUCAUGACAUUUUUUUUUUUAGGUUAAUUAUCAAUAAUUUCAUAUGGGAAGACUUUUUACAUUAAAAAUGUUAUUUAGUACAGAUUCACUCAAAACUACCUUACAUAGAAAAACUUUGAUGUGUAAUUUACUCAUUUGUCUUGAUGUAUAAUAUAUU